AUGGCAUCGUCCAAGACUAUCUUGUUUCUCCAUGGGUAUACUCAGAAUGCAUCCUUGUUUCGAGCCAAAACUUCGGCACUACGUAAAAAGUUGAUGAAAAUGGGGUUUAAUUGUGUUUAUUUGGAUGCACCUUACGUUUUGACUCCAGCAGAUCUUCCAGUAAGCGAUGACUCACUUUUCAGAUUUGACUCAAUAUCAAGUAAGGAAAAAGAGGAUUCCGUAGUAUAUAGGGGGUGGUGGAUUAAGCCUAAUCAGGGGAACGAUUGUGUUGAUAUCGAUGAGUCGAUUCAUGCAGUGCGUAAAUAUAUAGAAAACAAAGAGACUGUGGACGACGAUGCGAGAGGAGAUGAGCAUUCUGAUGUUGUUGGGAUUAUUGGAUUCUCGCAGGGUGCUUCAUUUGCAGGAUUAAUUGCACAUAAAUUCCAAACACUUUUUAAAACUAAAAUCCCUUUAAAAUUCGUUAUACUUUACUCCGGGUUCAAACUAGAUACUUCUAAGAAAUCUGGAAAUGAAAAGUAUGAUCUGUAUUAUCCAAAAUCACAAGAGGAUUUGGAACUGAGCAAGUUGCGGUAUUUACAUGUUUAUGGGGAAUUGGACACUGUAGUUGACGAAACUAGGAAUUUGACACUAUACGAUAUUACUAAGAAUCUGUCUGAUCUAUUGAAACACCCAGGUGGACAUUUCGUGCCUAAUUCAAAGCUUUUUAUUGACCAGGUGACUAACUGGAUACAUGAUGUCAUGGAGGUGGAAGAGAAGAAGAAGAAAACGAAUAAGAAGUCUGAACAGGAGAGUGUGGAAAAGGAAAAAGACGAUAUAGAUGCAUUAUUGGAGAUGAUGGAUGGAUUUGGGAAAGCAUAG